GCUAGGAAUUCAUAUACGGAUGACGCGAUCGGCUUCUUCUUCCGGCCAUGGAAGCAAAUCGCUGCUGGUCCAGGCCAGUAUGCAAAUCGGUGCAGGCGGGUCGGCAGGUUUUGUUGAGGUCUGCCUCAUGCAUCCGUUAGAUUUGGUCAAAACGCGAUUGCAACUGCAAAAUACAACCACAAAGAUGAUGGCAGGUGACGCCGUGGUAAUUGCCAGACACUACAAUGGUGUGUUUGAUUGCAUGCGUACCAUGGUCAGGACAGAAGGAACUCUAUCAUUGUGGAAAGGCAUUCUUCCUCCAAUUUUAGCUGAGACACCCAAACGGGCAGUAAAAUUUUUCACCUUCGAACAGUACAAACAAUUCUUUUUAUUCGGUGCUGAUAAACCCACACCUUUGACCUUCUCUUUAGCGGGCUUGGGCGCCGGAGUUACCGAGGCUAUACUGGUAAAUCCAUUCGAAGUCGUAAAGGUACAACUGCAGGCAAAUAGAGCAAAAACAGGCCAAGGGCCAGGCACUUGGUCAGUGGCUAAAGCAAUAAUAUCUGAACGCGGCUGGGGAUUAAACGGACUAAACAAAGGUUUAUCAGCAACGAUUGCUAGGAAUGGAGUAUUUAAUGGAGUCUAUUUUGGAUUUUACCAUAGUGUAAAAGGUUUUCUGCCAGAGUACGAGGAUGCGUUCUUAGACUUUCUGCGUAAAGCUGGAAUAGGGUUUGUUUCUGGAAGUCUGGCCUCCUGUCUCAACAUUCCGUUUGAUGUAGCGAAAUCUAGAAUCCAAGGUCCAAAAAUUCAAGGCGAGCGUCCUUAUGUCGGCACACUGGCCACCGUUGCUAGAGUUGCCCGCAAUGAAGGUUUCCGUGCCCUAUACAAAGGAUUGUUGCCAAAAGUGAUGCGUUUGGGUCCAGGAGGUGCCGUCAUGCUUGUCGUUUAUGAUUAUGUUUAUGAACUAUUGGAAAGAAAAUUUACGUAAGAACUGAAUUUUGAUAAAAGGUAAUAAUAAAUAUAAUUCAAAAAUCAUUCUUUACAAAA